AUGGAAUUUCAGUCUACAAUGUUGGUUAUUUUCCUGGUAGUUUUUCUGGUGUCAAAUGUGGAAGAAACCUCGGCACUUUCUUCCCAACGGAUCGAGACGACUUCCACGACGUUUUCUUCAAGACUGUGUAUGCAAGACGAGAAACUAGAAUCGGACGGCCUUUCCAUGAGACCAGGAGAAGCCACACAACGCCUCGGUGGAAAUACUGGUCCAACAGUUUGGACUGAAUUUGGUGGCCUAGCGCAAAAGUAUGAUCCUGUAAAUUUGGGGCAAGGUUUUCCUGAUUGGCUUCCUCCCAAGUUCGCUGUCGAUUGUCUUGUGGAAGCUGUUCAAGAUUCUGCCAAGUCGCCACAUCAGUACACUAGACCAGCUGGGCACCCUAAUUUAGUUCAGCAACUGGCAAGGCGAUACUCAAUACACAUGAAACGGGAUAUUGAACCGAUGAGCGAGGUGGCAGUUACAGUCGGGGCGAGUCAAGCGUUGUACAUUAGUCUACAAACCCUUGUUGAGCCAGGUGAUGAAGUUGUUUUGUUCGAGCCAUUCUUCGAUUUGUAUGUAAAUCAAGUGAAGUUGGCUGGAGGAACCCCAGUAUUUGUCCCCUUGAGAUUUGUGCCGUACGAUGAUUCCGAUGAGAACAUUAUCACUGGUGGAGAAUGGAGAUUAGAGAAGGAGGAUUUGGUAAAGGUGGUUUCUCCCCGCACCAAAGCCAUCAUCUUAAACUCGCCACACAAUCCUACUGGAAAGAUAUUCUCAAAGAGCGAGAUGGAAACGAUUGCAGAGUCUCUUGAACUUGCAGGGCCUCAAUGCGUUGUCUUAUCAGAUGAGGUUUACAAAUACAUCGUACAUGCUCCCCCGAAAGAUUCAACUCUCGACGAGUCGCCAUUGUGUCAAGGACAUACCCAUUUUGCAUCCUUGCCUGGAAUGUGGGAUCGAACCAUUACAAUUUCUUCGGCUGGAAAGACUUUUUCUGCCACUGGUUGGCAAGUGGGAUGGUGUAUCGGGCCUCAAAGAUUGAUUGGUCCCAUUCAUACUCUUCUGCCCUAUAUUCAAUUCUGUGCCUCCACAGUGAUUCAAGAAGCUUUGGCAAGAACUCUUUCCCAAGCGGACCAGCCAUACGAAGGUCACACUUCCUACUAUGGCUACCUCAAAUCCAAAUACACUCGAAAACGUGAUUUAUUGGUCGAGGCGCUAACUGAAGUGGGCUUCGCGGUCCCAGACUAUGACAAAACUCCAGGUGGAGGAUUCUUCAUUUUUGCUCGGGUCAGCAAGGCAAUCGAAAAAGUGAUUCCAUCAAAGUACAUGAUGCAAAAGAACGAUGCAGCUCCAGGUGGUAUUGCAAGACAAGAUUGGGCACUCUGUCAGUGGAUGGCAGAAGAAAUUGGUCUUCUUUGCAUCCCCGCAAGUCCUUUCUUUUCGCUAGAGCAAGUGGAGGAAGGCGCAGCUGAUCGAUUUAUUCGGGUCGCCUUCUGCAAGAAUGAUGAGACUAUCGAGGCAGCAGCAGCAGCGCUGCGGAAAAUCAAAACGCUAGAGGUCAAUGCAUCCGUUGUGUCGACACCAACUGUAUAA